AUGGAUUCAUACCAAGAGCACCAUGGGAGCCCCAGCUUUAACAUCACUGUCACCACGACUGCCAAGACGCUGGUUCUGCUGAGGGCAAACAAGGUGUCCGGGGAUACUCACUCUCUGAGCUACAGCUUCACUGUGAUUUCCAAAUCUGGGCCUGGACAGCCCCAGUGUGAGGUGCGAGGCUUGGUGGAUGAGAAACCUUUCCUCUAUUAUGAGUGUGGCAGCUACAAGGCUGAACCCUUGGGUCCCCUAGGGGCAAGGGUAAAUGCCACCAAAGUCUGGGCAGAAUUGCCCCAAACCCUGAAUGAUGUGGAGCAAGAGCUCAGGAGCACUCUGCACUAUGUCCAACUGGAGCAAAACAAGACCAGGGGGGCAGAUCCUCCCACCCUGGAGGCCCAGAUGUCCUGUCAGCACGAAGCAGACGAAUGCAGGGAGGCAUCCUGGAAUUUCAGCAUUGACGGACAGAUGUUCCUCCUCUUUGACUCCAUCCACACCAAGUGGACAGCGGUCCAUCCUGGAGCCGGGACCAUCAAGGAGAAGUGGGAGAGUGACUGGGUGCUGGCACAGUAUCUCAGGAAGGUCUCAAAAGGAGACUGCAGUCACUGGCUGAGGGAAGUCUUGAAGUACUGGGAGAAAAUGCCAGAGCUGGCAGGUAACUGAG